AAGCAUCGAAACGAUAAUACCCAAACGUGGUUUACGUCGUUGAUUUUAAUUGUUGCAGUGGUGCAAUCGGUCUGUAUCCUUGUUGGAUCGAAAGUAAAAAAGUUGAAAGUGUUGAUAGACAUGAAAAUAAAUAGAGUGAAUUAUUACAUAGGCUGACACUGAUGAUGUCAUCAUGAAAACAAUUAGCUACCACCAGAAACAAUUAUACAUUUUAUGUAUAAUAUUGGCAGUGGUGUUGUUUAGUCUAUGUAUACAGAUGGACAUUGUUAGAUACAAUACAUAUUAUCCAGAAUAUGGAGAAUACAAAAAAAUUAUAAGCGAUAUUGAAAUGAAGCUAGUAGAAGAAUGGAAGGAACUGCGAAGCAAGCAAACUAACCUAUCAAACUUAGGGAAAAUACUGUUCUUAGGAACAGACGAACCAGUAGUGAAUACAACGAAAUCCUACCAAAUUCUAGUCUGGAAAUACGGUCCCACGAUCGAAAGACGUCUAAUAAAGAAUUUCUCCAAAAAUUGGUCGGAUCCAUUCAGUAACUGCCCUGUGAAAAACUGUGAUAUAACUUAUAAGGAUGAAGCACUCUCAACAGCAGACCUUGUACUAUUUCACUUGCACAGAAUGAAAAGUUCGAAGGAACUACCAUCGAAAAGAGGAAAACCUGGCCAGAUAUGGGCUUUUAUAACCGAGGAGAGUGCCCAUAACACGUUUCUGUCACCGAAUAAAGGUGUUACUAUAAAAGACUAUAAUGGUGUUUUUAAUUGGUCUAUGUCUUAUAGAAUGGAUUCUGAUAUUCCCGUUCCUUAUGGAAGGACCAUUCUGAGGAAGACACCUCAACCUGUAGAAAUAAAAUUCGAAAAACAAAGGAAUGUUUUGGUAGCGGUGAUGGGAUCAAAUUGUGGAGGAAAGAAUAAACGAUGGGAUUAUGUAAAGCAAUUAGAAAAACAUAUUAAAAUUGACAAAUACGGAAAAUGUGGCACAUUAAAGUGUCCAGGUCAUUUCACCAAAGAUUGUCCAGCAAUAGACAAAUAUUUGUUCUAUUUAUCCUUCGAAAACUCAAACUGCGAUGAAUAUAUCACAGAAAAGGUGUGGUGGAACGCUUUCCAUAAAAAUUCCAUACCAAUAGUCAUGGGUGCAAGUGUGUCCAGCUACAAAAAAAUUCUACCGCCGAAUUCCUACAUAAAUGUCGAUGACUUCGCGAAUCCAGCUUCUCUAGCACGUUUCCUACUGCGCCUCAACGACACAAACGAAUAUCUAGAAUAUUACCAGUGGAAAUCACAUUUUGAAGUAUUGAAUGAACACGGAUAUUUCCAAAGCAAUGUCUUCCACUACUGCCGAGUAUGCCAGGCAUUGAACUACAACGAUAAGAAACAAAAAGUUUAUGAAGACUUACAAAAAGACUGGAACGCCAAAAACGUCUGUUAUCCUGCUUGGAACGCGUAAUUUUUGUUAUUUCCGAUUCAAACACAAUAAUAUCUAAAAUAUUAUUAAUGGAAAUAUUUUGAAGUAUUGAAUGACUAUUGAGAUUUCCAAAGCAGCAGAUUCUACCACUGCCGAACAGGUCAGUUGUCGAAUUACAACAAAAAGGCAUAAUAGAACGAAGACUUGGAAAAAGACUGGAAUAUCAAAAAUGUCUUUUAUUCACGCUAAAACUUUUUAUUUUCCUGCCAACGUACUGCCUCGUUACCACUAUCAAUAUUUUCCAGAUUUAACUACAAUGUGAAAAAAAAACAUUCGGUAGAGGAAAGCCACCUAAUUUCGGACAAUUGCUCAAUUUGGGAUACUGCCCUAUCUGUCGUGCCGUGCCAUCAAUAUAACGUCACAAUAAUUAUUCUACUUUUGUAGCUUAAGGCCAAAUAAUGCAUGCUUCCAUAUUUAUCUACGAAUUAAAGUACAUUUAGUCGUCGGGAGUUGCAACUAUUUUAUAACGGUC